UUUAUUCACUUUUGCUCUUUCAGAAAUUCUCUCUCUUUCUCCCUGAUCUAUCGAUAGCCCGUUUGUCAGCUUCUCAGGGCCUCUACAUUAAUCCCCAACUCUGUGAUUGCAGCUUGAUAGGGUUACAAUGAGGAAACCUGGCUGUGAGAAGAAAGAGAUGAAGAACAGAGGAGCGUGGUCGAAGCAAGAAGACCAGAAGCUCAUUGAUUACAUCCAAAAACAUGGAGAAGGUUGCUGGCGUUCGCUUCCUGAGGCUGCAGGCUUGCUUCGUUGUGGUAAAAGUUGUCGAUUAAGAUGGGUAAACUAUCUAAGGCCUGACCUUAAACGUGGCAACAUUGGUGAAGAUGAAGAGGAACUCAUUAUCAAGCUCCAUGCACUUCUUGGAAAUAGGUGGUCAUUGAUAGCUGGAAGACUACCGGGGCGUACAGACAAUGAAGUGAAGAAUCACUGGAACACACAUCUCAAAAGAAAACUAGAUCAGAUGGGCACGGAUUCCAACAACCAUCGCUUGGGAGUACUCCCUCGCCCUAGCAUAUCCUUGGUCUCAAAUUUUUAUAACCCUACAGAUAAGGCAGCAGAGUCGAGCUCCCAAGCAGAUCAUGAUGAUGACGACAAUGGAGUCGUGAAUUCUGCAAGUGGCACGGAGAUCAGCAACACAAACAGCUUACCUGAAUUGAAUCUUGAUCUCACCAUUGGACUUCCUGAUGAUCUUAUGGAGUCGGAUCAUGAGCAAGUGGCCAGUACUCGAGCAUUGCAUCCGUCCUCUAGCAUUGAGGAUUAAGCACGCGCGGGACGGUACAUUUUACAUCUAUCUGUGAUUGCAAUAUUCCCAUUAGCGCUAAUACGUACGUGUGAGAUCGGAGUUAUACAUUGCUCCCUGAAAACCUGUACUAAAAUUUUGUUGUUUGUCUAAUGAUCAAUGGGAAAUAGUUCAUUUCUUAGUGCUA